UUCGGCUCGUGAUUACGUCUACAGAAGAAGAACGUCACCGCUCCUGCUGGCUAACCACAUCAUAUCCGCUGCACAUCAACAUACUGAAAACAUACACGGAAAGUACUACACGCUGAGAUGGAUGUAAAAGCAAGUGACCCCUUCAGCAGUGAACCAGAGCAGCUUCCUGGGGCAGGAGUAGUGGGAAGGCUGUGGCUGCCCAAAGGUCUGUCUGGUAGUGUGAUUAAGGAUUGGGUGGACCGCAGACGGAAGUCCAUCCGUCCGUGGGCGAGUUUUGUGGACCAGCGUAAGUUCUCCAAACCUCGCAAUUUUGGAGAGCUGUGCCAGCGUGUGGUGAGGAACCUGAACACCUUUCACAGCAACUACACCUUCAUCUUCCUGGGUCUCAUCCUGUACUGCAUUAUCAGUUCCCCGAUGCUCUUGAUUGCUUUGGGAGUGUUUGCUGGUGCCUUCUAUAUAAUUCACUUGAAAACACUGGAGAAGAAGCUGGUUGUUUUCGGUCGUGAGUUGACUCAGGGACACCAGUUAGGUUUGGCUGGAGGGGUUUCCUUCCCUGUGUUCUGGCUCGCUGGUGCAGGAACUGCUGUGUUCUGGGUACUAGGUGCUACACUAGCUGUUAUCGGGUCUCAUGCCGCGUUUCGUGAGCUGGAGUCGCCUGACAUGGAUGAGCUUCUCAUGGAACCUGUUUAAACCUCUCAUCUUUGACCUUUCGGCUUGUGUUAACCUACAAUGUCUUGCCUCAUCAUUUAUAUUGCCACAUAUUGUUUGCACUAAUUUGACAACAUCAGUUUACUGACAGAUUGGCCAGCAAAGAAAUACAGACUGUUAAAAUGACGUCGCCCUGAACAGAUCAAGCACACUGAAAGACCUCAAAUGCCUUUACUUGCACCUAUUGGAUAUCAUGUUCAUUUGCUACAUUAUUUAUUUCUACAGCAUCUUUAAAGCACAAACUAAAUGGACUGUAACCCAAAGCAAAAAAAUCUAGUUUCGUUCAAUUUACGCGAUCCUUAAAGACAUAGUCGACCCAAAAGUGAAAACUGUUGUUCUGUGGAACACAAAGGAAGAUACUUUUUAAUGUUUCACAGAAUUUGAAAGAUUUUAUACAUGAGGGCAAGUAAAUGACAGGACUUUUGGGUAAGCUAUCCUUUCAGAUCAGGAUUUCAGAUUUUCUCACACUACAGGACAAAUAUAAGUAACAGCUUUUGAGCAAAAUGUUAUGCUAGAUCAUCCAAAAUAGCAAGGGGGAAAAAUUCAGACAACAAGAAUGUACUGUUUUUACAGUUUGUGUGAUUUAUAGGGUACCAGUCAUUACAUAAUCAUUAGUCUUAAGCUACAUUUAGCUCAUAUGUUGUUACAUAGUCUUGGGACAGCUAGCGCAUGCAUGAUUUAAUAACAGCAUGCGUCAGCAAAGAAAAUGUAUUAUUGCUAUUUAGUGUAAUCAGUUUCUGAUGCCAAUAUUCCCAGUGGAAGUUUUUUUUAUGUAUUUGUUCUCUCAUUUUAUGGAAACAUUUGUUUGUCUUUUAUUUUACAACUUGCUUCUGUUGUAUCAAUGAAUGGGAAGUGCAAUAAAAUGCUCAGCCUGUACAAUA